AAGGCUGUGAUUCAGUCGGUAAACAGAAGCGGCGCGCGCGCACGCCUCCAUAAUGAUCUCGAUCGGAGUGCUCGUCCUAGCGUUCGCGAUCGCCACCACCGGGCAGACAUAUAACGAGACAAACAUCGACCAACAGGUUUUGAAACGUCUCAACAAUAUUAUUAACGCAACCGGUCAUUUGGACCCUCGGGAUAUAGCCCGGCUCAAUCGCACAGCUCACAACUUAGGUCUCGAUAGGGACUUAAUUGCGAAACUAUCAGAGAGGUUGAAAAAUGAGAUGGAUGUGAAAAGAAAACACGAUCCAAGUUACAAUUUGUACGAAGAUGGCACGGGGAAUAGUGAGGCUUCUAGAGUCGAUGUGGUUGAGGAGUCCCCGGAUUAUGCUUCGUCGGUAGUGCUUGCCAGCGAUCUCCUGUCCCUAUCAAGUGCUGUGGCGAACGUAAAGGAACAAGUAUGCCGGGAACAAGGAUAUAGGUUCCUGGAUGGACUGCUUUUAAACAAAAGAUGGGCGUUGAAGAUGUUCGAUGCAUCGGCGAAGUCACCCCAGGGCUUGCUGUUCGGUUCCUCCUACCAUCUGGGUAACUUCGACGAGUGCGUCGGCAUCAAGGAACCUCGAGAAGAAAUGGCCGUGGAAGGACAAUACUGUCUUGCGACCAUAAAGUGGCGACGCAGUGACGAGAAUACUAAGAUUAGGACUGGCAGAGGUGAGAUUCUCCGUUGGGCGGUCUGCGUACCGAACACUUGCGACGCCAGUGCCGUGGCAGGGUUCGUGAGCGACGUGCUAUCCCAUACUGUGGGGAACUCGACUGGCGUGGAGGUUUCCGAGAAAGAUUGCUACACGCGGAAGCCUAUGACUGUCAGCACGCUGGACAUCGUUUUCGUGGGCAUAUUACUGUUCUUUGGCGCCGUCCUCCUGUUCACAACUUCCUACGAGAUCUACUCAUUGCGUUGGAGGGGAAAGAAGAGUUAUAGCGCUAUCCACGAGCUCAUCGUCUCUUUCUCUCUCAUUAACAAUACGAAGAAGAUCUUGUCAACGAAACAGAACAACGCCCUUGGGCUCGAAUGCGUCAAUGGAAUGAAGGCUUUAGCAAUGCUCUUUAUAAUAGCUGGCCAUGCUUGCUUGUUCAUUGGAAGUGGACCUGUGAUGGAUGCUGAAGCUUGGGAUCGGUUAAUCCGAGACCCGACAAAUGCUUUCAUGCUGAACAACGCGCUGCUAGUAGACACUUUCCUAUUCCUGAGUGCAUUUCUCUUCAGCCGGCUGCUGCUUAUCGAACUGGACAAACGAAGAGGCCGUCUCAACGUACUGCCAAUAUUGGUUUUCCGAUAUAUUAGGGUGACUCCCGCCUAUUCAAUCGUCAUACUGUUCUAUAUGACGUGGUUACCAAAAAUCGGAGAAGGACCGCUGUGGGAUGGAAGACUGCAACUAGAGCAAGAAAGAUGCAUGGAAGUGUGGUGGGCGAACAUUUUGUAUGUCAACAAUUACAUCAGUACAGAUAAAUUGUGUAUGUUCCAAUCGUGGUAUCUGGCGGUGGACACGCAGUUAUUCUUCGUGGCACCUUUCUUUAUCUACAGCCUGUGGCACUGGAGGAGGUUCGGGCCCAUAUUUACCGCGGUGGCUACCUGUGUGUCCCUCGUCAUACCCUCUGUCAUCACGUUUAAAGAGAGUCUGGAUCCGACCUUGCUGUUUUAUGCUAAGGAAUUCACGGAUUUCGCUACCAACCAUUACUUUGUCGAAGCUUAUAUCAGAACUCACAUGAAGAUGACGCCAUACUUUAUGGGAAUUUUAACUGGAUAUAUCCUACAUCGAAUUCAGUUGGAAAAUUACGAAUUCUCCAAUGUCCUAAAAGUCUUUGGUUGGAUGACCAGCAUAGUUCUAGGCACGGUAACCACUUUUUCCGUAAGCUUGUUCUAUCAGGACUGGUAUCACUAUAGUGCCAUUGAAGCAGCAGCGUACAUCUCACUCCACAAGUUUGCUUGGAGUAUAGCCAACGGUUGGCUCAUAGUUGCUUGUGCUACUGGUAAUGGAGGUGUCCUUGGGAAACUUCUGACCUGGAAGUUUCUAGUGCCGAUCGCAAGACUGACUUUCUGCGCCUAUUUGGUUAACGGUAUUGUGGAGUUGUACUAUGUGGGACAGUUGAGGCAUCCUUUGCAUAUCACAUUCUUUACUAUAGCAGCAAACGCUAUAUCCCACAUAGUUCUCACAUUCUUCCUUGCCUUAAUACUUUGCAUUAUAUUUGAGUCUCCUCUACAUGGUAUAGAGAAGAUCUUACUACGGAUGUUUGCUCGACCAGUAUUGAGUGACAACGCGAAACGAGAUGACUCCGCCGAGGUGUCCCGACAUACUAGUCAAAGUAAAUUGGAAGCGUAGUGUAAUAUUUACUUUUAAAUUAUUUAAGGGACUAGACAAAUUUUCGUUAAGAGCCUACCCACAAACUUUCCGCUGUACUGGCCAGGUAUUACCGUAUUUCUACUGAUACCACACGCAUGUUCGGUCCAUAUUUAGAAAAAGAAAGUGCUUUAGAAUAUAGUUCCAAUAGUAGUUUUUUGGAUGAUAUCAUCAUACAUCGCACCGUCUUACGAUAGCGACUCAAAAAUCUAUUUAUUCUAUUCUAUUCUAAAGAAAAAUGUUAUACCACUCUUCACUUGCGCUACGAAAGCCUGCGAACGGCGUGGAAAGCAGGAUGGAUGAGUUUUUCUAGCCGAUCACGGAUGGUGAGAUGAAGAGCGGGCAUAAAAGAAUGUGUGAGUGUUCUUAUCUUCACCGCAAUUGGCGAUCUUCUUCGGCUUUUCGGUCACCGCUUUAUUUGCCGCGGUGUUAAAUUUUGUGGGUAGGCAGUAAUAGCCACCGAAAAAGUUCUUUCGGUCGCGUAUUCGGCUUUGGCAAAAUAUCGGAUGAACGAUUCGUCAAAACCAAUAUUUUGUAUUGUGCUUAUCUUCGUUGGGCAAAUGUUUGCCGAGCGCCGUAUAUUUGACUUUGACUUGGGCCAAAAAUUUACUUUCGGUGGAAUAAAAAAUAUAAUUACCUACGCCUAUAAUAACAUGUGUACAUAAUAGAUUUUUUAAUUGAUUUGUUAUUAUUGUGGCGUUGUUCUGUGGUAUAGGACUUCUGAUAAUUUGUUUUAGUAUUAUUGUGAUAGUCUGCCGAAGAGCCAUGUAAAUAUGAAUUAGUUAAGUUCUGGGCAGAUUACUUAUAAGUAUAUUAUAUACCAAAGUUGGCGGCCUGCCGGCCUUGUUCUAUUGUCUCGUGAUUGAAUAUUGUAAGGAUCAACGAAUACACAUCGAAUGUGGACGUAACUUUAAUACGUGUCUUUGAACAUAGCGAUAUUUUCAAGUACAGUUGAAUCGCAUCAGACGCAACUAAGAGCGGUUUCAGACUAGCGUUUUUAUAAAACACGCGCUCUUGGUAGUUGAUUGGCAAAUUAUAGCAUGUUUAACGUCCGUUUUCCAUAUUCGAUCUAUCUGUAAUCCUUUAGUAAGUUAGGUACUUAGCAACGUUGUUAUUUGUCAAAAAUUGUGUGGACUUUUUUCAAAAAUAACAACAUUUCUAAGCUACUUAUCGACAGAUUACACAUACAUUUCAAUGUAUCUGUAAUCUGAAGUAAAGGAAUUCAAGAGCCUGCAUAUGAUGAGUUUAACAAGCGAUUCACAAUAAAUUAUCAACAGCGCUAAAAGAGAAAAACAUAUUUAAA